AUGACGAAGUCACCUCUACAACCAGAUCCCCCUCGGGCUGUCACAGUAUACACGAACACGCGCCCCGACCAAGCGGCGGAAGAUCCCCUGUUCGUAGCGCAACGCUUCUCACACUCACAGGCUACCACUAUUGGACCACACCUGCGCGCAAGCUUGAGGAAGUGUUCAAUCCAAAAUCGUGUUCUGAUCGUUCCAUCAGAAUCGUGGCUUCUUGAUACGCUUUAUUCGGAGUUCAAUGGCUUCCCACGAGAUCUUUUCAAUUACCUCAAUCUCGAAAACGGGCAAGGUCCAAGUAUGGCAGUAAGGCCGUCCUACGACGAAGAGAAAAAAGUAAGCCAUGACCCGACAGAGCAGAAUGUCCCAACUAUGAAUUUCGAAGACGGGACGAUCACGGUCCAAGGCAUAGCAGCACUCAUCAUCUCGGCCUGUCGACUCGACCGCAACAUGGAGGGCAAUGAUCCGGUCAUCAUUCUCUGGCUGGCGAGUCUGGCACUGCUCCCACGGCUAGACAGGUACCUAAGGGGCCCCAAUAACAGCUGGCGUAUGAAACGGCUCCUCCACUGUCCGCUCUGGAUUUACAUGGAUCUUUUUCAGGCCUGUGGCGACUGGCCCGGGGUAUGGGAUGUGGCCCGGCGCGACGUUGCCCGUCGCGAUGCUCAAGCAUACGAGGACUCGUUGCGUCCUUCGACGCUGCACCUGACGCGCAAGCUGCACAAAGCCGCCUCGAGCGUGAUCACCCUGCGUGAGAAUUUAAGACUGCACAUUGCCUCCUUCGAGCGCAUCCGGGACUACAUUUCGCAACGUACAAUGGGUCCAUGGCCAUCGGAAUCUCCUUUCAGGGAGACGCUAGCCGAGAGGGCGGCUGACCUGCUGGAUGACUUGCAUCAUCACUGGGAAACGUCGGCGGUGAUCUCAAGCCAGUAUAGCAGCUUGCUUGGAUUAGUCUUCAACACCGAAACCGUCGCCCAAGGACAAGCAGUUGCUCGGCUCAACAUACUGGCAUUUGCAUUCCUACCUCUAUCCUUUGUCUCGGGUAUCUUCGGGAUGACUACCUUCUCUGUGUCCGUAGUCUGGUACCCUCUCUGGGCUGCUGUCGCCCUCAUCACCGUGAUCACAGCAGCCUACCUCGCGGGGAAACUCUCGGGUGGGCAUUCGACAGGGCCAUACUCGUUCUUCCGUCAACACUUUGCAAACAGACUGCGCCGACAUCCGCCCUACCCAUCGCCAGCAAAUCAUGAUCUAUCCAGCAGACUGGCUAUCGUGCCAGCAGCGGCUGCUCCGCCAACACAGCCACCGAGCGGCUCAGCGCGCUGGGAUAGCGUUAGAGAGAAUAAACCUAGUCAACGGGCGAGGAGAAUGACUGAACGUCAGGAGCGCCUUCGGCGGAAUGCACCUGGUACUGCCGUUAUACAGCAUGCACAGAGCCCACCAGAGUUCGAGUGGUGGGAUAUUCCACACCCAGUCAGGGGCCCACGAUCAGAGGGCAUAUUCGCUCACGGAGUGUGGGGAGUGCAACAUUCCAAGGAAGAAAACACAGAGCAUACUGGCGAAGGUCCCGCCAUGUCACAGGUUGAUCCCCAACUCCAUCGUGCUCUCGUCGAUGAUGACCUCAGAAAACAUUCAAAGAAGAGGAGGAGGGUCCAGAGAGGAGUCACGCUUCUUGGUCAGCCGCUGGACAACAGCGAGGAUUGA